AUGAUACACGAAGAAUACAGAAAUCACUUGAUCAUGCUGCGUAAAAAUCACACCAGUUCUGUCCGAUCACUGAAAAAAUUUGCAGCAAAGAUGCUGUCUCUUCAGCAAAGUGUUGAUGCAUUUAACGACAUAUUUGGAUGGGUCCUUCUGUUACACAUUUUCGCAGUUGUAUCCGCUACACUUGUAUUUAUAGAACUUCUGUUAACAGAUUUUCAUUUCACUCUGUGGGAUAUCUUCUUCACCUUAUACCUCUUUGAGACACUUACCACGUGGUUACCAAAAGAGUUCAGAGUCACAUCUCAGCUUCAUAUGGACACUCAACAAUUUUCUGUGCGAACUAACUUAAAUUCUGCUUUAUUAAUGCCUCUGCAGACAAUGAAUAAUGAAUUAAUAACUAAAGAUAGUAGUUCUGAAUUGAAAGCAGAGCCCUACCCUUAUCCUAUAAAUCAAAAGUGGAAGCAGAACUACAGCGGUUGGAAGAUAUUAAAGGCAAAUGGUAACAUCGGAAUUUGUGGCGAUUACAAAGUGACGGUGAACAGGCAUCUCAGGGAGCGACGCAUACAAACAGUUAGUCGUGGACCAGGAAUCAGCCAAAUUACUGGCAUGGAGCACGCACAAGGGUCUAUACAAGAUGAUAUACUAGUCACUGGCAAAACCAGACAAGAACACAAAAACAACUUGAGCACCCAGGCCAAGGAAUGUGCGGCAGGUAAAAACUUUGUUGGUUUAGUAAACUACUAUAGCAGGUUUGUACCAAAAUUUGCAAGAAUAAUGAGGCCUCUUUACGAGCUGUUAAAAAGCGACAGGAAGUUUGCUUGGGAUCAUGGUUGCGAACAAGCGUUCAACCUCAUUAAGCAGGAAAUAGCGUCAGCCACUUUAUCUCACAAGAUGAUGAAUGGAGACUUAAAACCAAUAGCCUUCAUUUCCACGACUUUAAGCAAUGCAGAAGGUAAUUAUUCGGUUCUUGAUAAAGAGGCUUUGGCGAUUUACUGGGCGACAUCAAAACUUAGGACAUAUCUAGUAGGGCAUAGCUUUGAAAUACACACGGAUCACAAGCCACUGAUCUACCUUUUUGGAGAGCAAAAGGGAAUACCACAAAUGGCAUCAGCUAGAUUCCAACGGUGGACACUCUAUCUAUCUGGAUUCCAAUAUAAAAUCAAGUUCGUCAAAGGCCAGGCGAACAGUGUAGCUGACAUGUUGUCAAGACAUCCAUUAGGGAACGCCACACGUCGUGAUCCCACGCUUAGUAAGAUCGUAAAGUUCGUAACUGAGGGGUGGCCAGACGAUUUCCUAAAACCGUUCGUCCAGAGGAAAGACGAGAUAACCUGCGAACAAGGAUGUCUGAUGUGGGGCUACACAGUAAUUGUACCCAGGAAGCUGCAGCGUCACUUGUUAGAGGAACUACACAGCAGUCACCUGGGUAUUGUCAAAAUGAAAUCUAUAGCCAGAGCCUAUUUUUGGUGGCCGAAUUUGGACAAGGACAUUGAGAACAUAGCUCGUAGCUGCAUUCCAAACAAUAAACAAAGAGUGCACAUCGAUUUCCUUGGACCGAUUGAUAACAGCCACUACCUCAUUAUGUUGGAUGCUUAUAGUAAAUGGCCUGAAAUUUUUAAAAUGAACUCAAUCACGUCCGCUGCAACAAUUAGCAAAAUCAGGGAAACAUGUGCAAGAUGGGGAAUUCCAGAGACUUUGGUAUCAGACAACGGUGCACAGCUUACAUCAGAGGAGUUUUCAGUUUUCCUUAAAAGAAAUGGAAUAAGGCACGUUACCGGACGGCCGUACAAACCAGAGACAAAUGGACCGGCAGAAAAUGCAGUAAGAAGUUCGAAAUUGAGGCUGGGUAGACAUUUGCACACGACGCUCAACUUAAUGAGACCUGGCACAAAUCGAGACACAGGAAGGCAAUUUAACCAUAAAGGUCGAGAUUCUCCAACAUUUGAGAAGGGAAGUAUAGUAUGGAUUCGGGACUAUCGGAAGCCUAACACCAAAACUUGGCAGGAAGCAAAGGUCAUCGACAUAUUGGGACCACGAAACUACACGUGCGAGUUACCAGACGGACAAAAAUGGAAGAGACACGUUGACCAAAUUAGAAAAAGAAUUGAAGUACCAAGCACUGAGGACAGCAAGUCAGAGACAGUACAGCCAGCGAAUACAAACAAAGCAGUACCACAAAGGAAGAUGCCUGGGGAACCAACAAUGCCAUCAGCCACACCGCCACUACUAGAACAAACACCAUCUCUUGAACCGCAACUCAACCCUAUUCCAGUUAUCCCGCCUGCAACUGUCUUAAUAUCUUUGAAAGCACCCAACACUCGUUUGACUCCAUAUGGAUUUGUGUGA